AUGAUUCGAGAACACUUCAGAGCUUCUCAUGGUGGAAUUCGUAUUCAUAUUCUUGAUAAUAUAACAAUGAUAAAACAACUUGAUGUUUCAGCUAUUUUAACACAACCCAUUCAUGUGGGUGGUGCACCUGAUUUCAAUUAUGCUCAUGGAUUUCUUGAAAGAUGUGGUCCUCUAUUUUGGGUUCUUUCUGAAGUUCAAUCUCAUCCAAUGUUUGUUGAUCCAAGUAAAAUUCAACUUUAUUAUUCAUCCAACAUGGAUACCGAUCAUGGAACCAAUUUAUGGCAACCUAUGAAACGACUUUCAGAUGGAACUUAUGAACAUAUAACUCGAUGGAAUAAAGUACUUUAUGCUAUGUUCUCUAUUUAUCCAUUAUUAACUUAUAAAUCGUUUGAUCAAGCAACGAUCAUGUUCAAAUAUAUGAUUUUCACUGAUUCGCAUGAAAAACGAUCGGCUGCUUGGGGUAUUUAUUAUGAACCGUCGAGACUACGAAGUUUUUAUCCCUUUAAUAUAAAACAAUAUCGACGAGCUUAUUUAGACUAUUCAGAAUGGAUAUUGAAUAAUUUUCAAUUACAUUCCAAAUUCGAAUUAACACCGAUUCAAAUAAAAUUACAAGAGACUCACAAAUCAGAAAAAAUACCUAUUUGUUAUGAAGAAUGUCAAAAUCAGUGGUUCAGUAAACUAUCCGCAGCAACAGAAUUUACUGGAGAAUGGAUUGUUGUUUUGAAUCGAGCUGGUGUUGGUCGUCGAGAGUUAAGCAAUGCUGAUGAAUUAGUGCAAGCACUAUUGAGAACAUUUUCUGAUCAUACGAAUUCUUAUCUACGUGUUUGGCCAAAACAAUUCAAUUUUGAUGAUGAUUUGUAUGAAACAGCGCGUAUGGCUCGAUCAAUUCGUGUUCUUAUUGGAGUUCAUGGUGCUGGAUUAUCGAAUAGUCUUUUUAUGCGACCAGGCACAAUUCUCUAUGAAAUUGAUCCACCAGGUUGUCGUUUAUUAUCGUUUAAUUUUCGGCGUUGGGCCGAAGUAUUUAAUCUGCAAUAUGCAGUAUGGAGUCCUGGAGAUAAAGGUGAUCAUUGUUCACGUGAAGCAGCAACAAAAGUACAUGUCGAUGAAAUUGUCAAUGAUGUAAUCAAUCUAAUUGAAAAUGAAAUUCAAUAUCGAAGUGGUUAUCUAUCACGAGCAUAUGAUAUUAUUAUGAAAGAAUGA